GGCGGCGGCGGCUGCGCGCGGAGGCGGUGGAGGAGGUGCUGGGAGCAGCCCGGUGGCCGCUUCCCGCCCCCGAGCCGGAGCCGGUGCGAGUGGAGCAGAACUGAGGUCGGGCCGCGAGUGGAGCCGGCUGAGCGGGCGCCGAGCUCCCGCCAUGGCCCGGAACACGCUGUCCUCACGCUUCCGCCGGGUGGACAUCGACGAAUUUGAUGAGAACAAAUUUGUGGACGAGCAGGAGGAGGCGGCGGCGGCGGCGGCGGAGCCAGGCCCGGACCCGAGCGAGGUGGACGGGCUCCUGCGGCAAGGGGACAUGCUUCGGGCAUUCCAUGCAGCCUUGCGGAACUCUCCCGUCAACACCAAGAAUCAAGCUGUGAAGGAGCGAGCCCAGGGCGUGGUGCUGAAAGUGCUCACAAACUUCAAGAGCAGCGAGAUUGAGCAGGCCGUGCAGUCACUGGACAGAAACGGUGUUGACUUGUUAAUGAAGUACAUUUAUAAAGGCUUUGAGAAGCCCACAGAAAAUAGCAGUGCAGUGUUACUCCAGUGGCACGAAAAGGCCUUAGCAGUAGGAGGACUAGGCUCCAUUAUAAGAGUUCUUACAGCAAGAAAGACUGUUUAAAAAAAAUAAAAAGACUCAUGUACCUUGAGAAGAAUUCUGGAUGCCCAGGCUGGUGAAGAAGGGAUUGACAAUGGACCAUCUUCCUAGGAACUCCCAAGUAAACUAUUUCAGGACAUGUAUCUGCUGAAAUGUAUUUUAUUUUGAAGGUGGAGGGAAAAAUCGUCUAUUUCCUAAAUCCUGUUUAGGAUCUGAUAGUCUAUGCCUUUGUCUCCGAGUACUGCAGAACUGACAUUUUGACGAUCUACCAGAGUGGCGGCUGGCGUUGGUCAGGUGCGCCUGUGUGCACUGGGGGAGGGAUGGUUUGGGCAGGUGCAGAUCCAAGGGCUGUGGUAAAUGGGAGAGCUUGUGUUUUUGAAGUGGAAAAAAACCCAAGAGUUUGUACAGACAUCCCGUCUUCCCAGAGAAGGUGGACACUCUUGGGCUCAUUGUAAAGUGCCUGCUGCAUCAAUAAAGCUCUUGGCUUAUUAGUAUAUACAUUUCGGUGUGUUUCAUAUAUGUAAAAAAAUGGUAAUGAAUGAGAGUUCAGUUGUUCCGGAAACCCGACGUGGGAGGAGUAGACCUGUGCCCCUGUUGAGUCACCCGUAGGAGCGAGCAUGGCAAUCCACAGGCCCUCUGCCACAGGACGCCAGCCUUGGCCUCAGAGCCGCUGGCUGCUGCAGAGAGGUGUUUGCUGAAUGAACUAUUUAUUGUUUCUUACUCCUUUGAUUUGUAUGUAAUUAAUUUUGGAGCUUAUUUAAUUUAAUAAAGUGCCAAACAUUUAAUAAUUGA